AAUUCAUAGCAGUUUAAAACGGUAUUGGCAUCGUUGAGUGACUUGAAUCAAUGGCGACUGCCUUACAAAAUACGAGAAUGUUAUUGCGGCGAACAUUAAGUGUCAAGAAAAAUGAAAUAUUGGCCAGAAAUAUAUGCUUUACAUCAACUCUAAAAUCAAAGAAAGAUGAAGGAACUUUGAAAAAAGAUGAUGAAGCGAAAGAAGUAGCAGCCAAAAAUGCUAAACAGAAGGAGGCUAAAGCAAAACUAAACAUGUUGCUAGAAGCAAUGAGCAAGGAAUCACAAAAAGCAUUUCCAGCAGAGUCGGAACUAGCACUAGCAACCCCAAAAUUUGUUAAGAAAAACAAACCUUUAAAAACAAAAUUGAUCAGCACUAAAAUAGAUUCAGAAAUGCUGCAGGCAGUAGAAAAUGUCUCAAAGACAUUUAGUAAAGAAAAUGAAGAAUUGAAAAAAAAUCUGAUAGCCAAGCUUGAAUCUAUAACAGAUGAAAGUGAAGUGGCCCGAUUAGAGCCCUUCAAACCUGACAAACAGAAAACAGCAGACCUGAACAGUUUAUUGAAUACUUUAAAAGUUGAUGUUAAGAAGCCUAAAAAGAAGGCUCCAGAGUCACAUUUGGCUGCAGUGAAAAUUGAUAAUGUGUAUGGUGCUGAUCCCAGUGGAAUUUUUAGAAAUGCAAAUUUCAAAGAAGAAUCAGGAACAGUUUCCAAACUGACUACCUGGGAAAUUUUAUACCAGAAAGAACUUGAACUUCUUGCUACUCAACCUCCCAGCAAUGGUUUUCAACAAAUGAUUUUGUGGACCAAGCAAGGAAAAGUUUGGCAGUUCCCUAUCGAUAACGAACAAGGUUUGGAAGAGGAAGCCCAAGUCGGCUUCCACGAGCAUGUGUUUUUGGAACCGUAUCUGAAGCCCUGGUGUCCCAGGCGAGGACCCGUCCGCCAUUUCAUGGAACUUAUUACAGUUGGUCUUAGUAAGAAUCCCUACUUAACCGUAGCCCAGAAAAAAGAGCACAUCAACUGGUUCCGCAACUUUUUCGAUGCCCAGCGCAGCAUUCUUAUCGAAACUGGAGCAAUCCCUGAUGUACCAUCAAAGUCCCCUCCGUCUUUAUCAGCUUGAGUCGAUAUGGCUUCUUUGAAUAUAGUCAACAAUUUGUGUUACUUAAA